AUGAGCGCUAAAGACAACAGCAUCGCCGAAUCUGCCAAAGAGUCCGCAGAGCAACGUCUCGUCGUUGGGUGCCGGUUCAAACAAGAUGACCUCGCUUCCAAGUCAAUUGUAGCCUCAACCCAUACUCCUGAGUUCAAACAGGACUCUUGUGCUCCGAACCCCAAGGACUGCUCGUCAGGAUGUUGUGGCUUGGCGACGGGCAAAAUACCAACCGACAGCCUUGAGACCACAUCAAUUGGAGGAAUUGCGGGCAGGCAAAUUGCCGUGACCAAAUCUGGUGGCGAUGAAGCUCUCAAGAUCUGCUCAGAUGAUGGCAAAAAGGGCUGUUGCUUCUCUGGUCCUGCACCUGACUUUCGUGGAGAGAAGACACCCAGCUGUUGUGAGGGCAAGACGUCCCCUUGCUGCGACUCUACUUGUAUCGAUCGCCUCGCUCUGCGCGAAUGCGCAAGCGGAAAGGCUUCGAAUCUUCGUCAAUCGCACCAAGUCUCCACUGACAACAAUUGUACCGGCGGCCAAGACGGCAAGGCGUGCCGAGGCCAUUCUCGAAGCGUACGUGAGAUUUAUCAGUUAAAGCUCGAUGCCUUGGGUUGUAUCUGCCGUGCACUUCUAGCUCUCGGCCAGGAAUCUUGCUGUGCUCCCCGUGAGCGCUCCUCCGUCGAACGAAAGCGAUCUUCAAAGAAGCCCACGUCUCUUCAUCGCGCUUCGGUUGACUCCUGCUGCGCUUCCGGGGUGGACAAAUCCGCUUCCCGUCCGACGGCAAGAAAAUGCGGCAAAAAGACAGUCCGCAGUCCAAUCUCUGGCAUCAAACCAAAUGCAUGUAACGAUGGCGGCUGCUCGAGACCUAAGCCUCAGAGCAUUGUUGGAUCAUGUGCCGACUCCUGUCGCGACGAGUCUCCGGGACCUAUCAACCAAUCGCUGCCGCCUAAGUCGAAGGGUAUCGACGAGGAUCUUGAACAGGGCCUGAUUGGAAAGGAACACGUCGUACUGAGCAUUUCUGGCAUGACCUGCACUGGAUGCGAAACCAAGCUCAGACGAACUCUAGCCACGAUGAACGCAGUCAAAAACCUGAAGACCAGCUUGGUAUUGGCUAGAGCCGAAUUCGACUUGAAUGUUGGCUUCGGCUCGGUGGAUGAAGUCAUCAAAUGUCUCGAACGAACAACUGAGUUCAAAUGCGAAAAGAUCACCAGGCAGGGUGCUGCCAGUGUCGACAUCAUCUGCCCUGGCGAUACCCAAGCUUUCGUCAAUCAGCCAUGGCCUAACGGCGUCACGGACAUUCGCGUUUUAGACAAGGCCAGUAUUCAUGUAGAAUUUGACGCGAAGGUCGUCGGGGCCCGCGAUUUGGUCGAAACGGGUUGGGGAACGCCUGUUACGCUGGCGCCACUUCGAGCGGACCCUUCUUUGGAGGCUGGAAGCAAGCACAUUCGCACCAUGGGAUGCAUCACUUUGCUUUCCACUAUCCUGACGAUUCCCGUUCUCAUUAUGGCUUGGGCACCUCUUCCAAAGAGAGAAAUAGCUUAUGGCUCCGCAUCGCUGGUCUUGGCGACGAUUGUACAAGUCGCAAUUGCUGGGCCCUUCUAUCCGAAAGCUUUGAAGAGUCUGAUCUUUUCGAGAGUCAUUGAGAUGGAUCUGCUGAUCGUGCUAAGCACAAGUGCCGCGUACAUCUUCUCCGUUGUGUCAUUUGGGUUUCUUGUCUCCCAGAAGCCUCUUUCGACUGGGGAAUUUUUCGAAACGAGCACUCUUCUUGUAACACUCAUCAUGGUUGGUCGGUAUGUGAGCGCUCUAGCGCGACAAAAAGCCAUCGAAUCUAUCUCGAUACGAUCUCUCCAGAUCUCUACGGCUCUGAUCGUUAACUCAGUUGGCGAAGACGAGGAGAUUGACACCCGUCUCCUUCAGUACGGAGACGCCUUCAAGGUAAUCCCAGACUCUAGAAUUCCUACCGAUGGAAUAGUUAUCUUUGGUUCCUCGGUAGUUGAUGAGUCAAUGAUGACUGGAGAAUCGGGACGCAUCGAAAAGUCUACUGGAUCUUCAGUCAUUGCUGGCACUAUCAACGGCUCUGGCGCUCUUACCGUUCGUCUGACUAGACUUCCUGGCAACAAUACCAUCAGUAACAUCGCCGGAAUGGUCGACGAGGCUAAACUUUCCAAGCCAAAGAUACAGGACAUUGCUGACAGAGUCGCGUCAUACUUCGUACCGGUAGUUGCGGCCAUCACCAUCAUCACUUUCUCGAUUUGGAUCGCGGUUGGCAUCGCGGUUCGCAAACAGAGUGGCUCUGAAGCAACUAUCCAGGCAGUCACAUACGCCAUCACCGUCCUCAUUGUAUCUUGCCCAUGCGCUAUAGGUCUCGCAGUCCCCAUGGUCAUUUUAAUCGCGAGUGGUGUAGCUGCCGAAAAGGGUGUCGUCUUCAAAUCUGCGGACAGCAUUGAGCUUGCCUAUAAGACUUCGCACGUUGUCUUUGACAAAACUGGAACCCUUACAACUGGAAACCUAAGAGUUGCGUACGAGGCGUACUUCACAAAAGAUCAAGAAACCAUCAGAUCGUUGCUUCUCGGCCUCGUUGGUACUAUUAAACAUCCAGUCUCCGUUGCCAUUGUCACUCAUCUAAAGGGACACGUUGGUGCACCUACAGCCGUCACGGAUCUGAAGGCCCUCACGGGCAAGGGAGUGGAGGCGAAACUCAACGGAGCCACUCUUCGAGCUGGCAACUCGCGUUGGCUUGGUCUCUCUAACGACCACAGAGUUCAAUCAGUUCUAUCCGAGAGCUACACUGCCUUCUGCUUCACUGUGGACAACUCCUUGGUCGCUGUCUUUGGCCUCGAAGACUCUAUCCGCCCAGAUACCCUUGAAACAAUUUCCAACCUACAGGCUUCCGGAAUUUCUGUUCAUAUUCUCUCCGGGGAUGAUGAUGGUGCCGUCCGAACAGUGGCCUCACGAUUGAGCAUCCCAGAUCUCAACGUUCGUUCCCGAUGCACCCCUGGAGACAAGCAAGAGUACAUCCAGAACCUACUGUCUCAACCUUUGUCGGACGCCCGCCGAGUCAGAGCGAAGAAUCCGAAAGAGCCAGUCGUCAUCUUCUGUGGCGACGGAACUAACGACGCAGUUGCACUGGCCCAGGCCACCAUUGGCGUGCACAUGAGCGAGGGAACCGACGUCGCAAAGUCCGCCGCGGACGUAGUUCUCAUGCGUCCAAGCCUUGCGGGGAUUCUCGCCAUCAUUGCCAUUAGCAAGAAAGCUAUCCACAGGAUCGCCUUCAACUUUGGCUGGAGCUUCGUAUACAAUGUGUUUGCCAUUCUCCUCGGCGCUGGCGCUUUUGUCAACGCCAGAAUUCCGCCCGAAUUUGCGGGCUUGGGUGAACUAGUGAGUGUCCUCCCGGUCAUUGCCGCCGCGGUACUUUUACGAUGGACCGCGAUCUAG